UCUCCCCACUUCGUGCGGCGCGCGGGCCGACAUGACUUCGGCUCCGCUGCUGCUCGGUGGCUGCGAGCCCGCCGACGGCAAGGGCGGCGAGGCCAAGCCCUGCUCGCCGGCGUGGUUGCGCCACCUGAUCGACACGGAGGAGGCGUGGGCGCAGCUGCAGUUCGCGGUGCCGAUGGUCCUCACCAACAUGUCCUACUACGGCAUCCCGCUGGUGUCCGUCAUGUUCUCCGGCCACCUCGGCGACGCCCAACUCGCCGGCGCCACGCUCGGCAACUCCUGGGCCACCGUCACCGGCUACGCCUUCGUGAGACAAAUUGGUUGGUGAAGGAGAGGUGCCUGGCAGUGAAACAAAGGGUUCUCCAAAUAGGACCUUUCGACGGGACUCAAAACGGGGUGCUAAGCAGGAACCAUGUGGCACUGAUAAUGACGGGGAUGGAGAGGAUGAUGACGUGUCCCAGAGAGUAUCUAAGAGAAGAUUGGUGGUAGAUCCAGAGGCAAAGGGGAAGGGGAAGUGAAGAAGGGAGGAUCUGGAGCCAAAAGGGAACUUACCUUGAUUGAUGCUGCCUAGUACGCCUCUCACCUCCCUCUACUUCCGCUCGGCCAACUGCUCAUUACGUGAAGUUGGUUCAUGUAGCACUAAGAUUGCAUCACGUUGUAUUAUAAUUGGUUGUGGUAGCACAAACGAUGGUCUAAAAAAUAGUUGCAUCUCAUAGUAUAAAAGUUGCACCAUCUAGUACAACCAGUUGGCAAUGAAAAAAGUUCAUCGAAACAUAUAUAAAUGGGGUCUACUUUUAAAGAUCUCGUCGCGAGGGUUCCGAUGGUGGAAACGGAUUUUAAUUUUGACAUGUAAUUCGAAAGUUAUAGCUUUUUGAAUUUUUUGAAAUGCAAUUAAUUGCCUUUUUACUUUA